UAGAGAUAAGAUUAUACAAGAUCUUUGUAAAAAACACAGUGACAAAAGUAUAAAGUGUGCAUAUUUUGGUACAUCAUUGAAAGACACAGACAGAUUUAAAGCAGGUGACGAGGUAAUAGUAUUGAUAAUUGACGAUGACAGGCCUAUAGACGACCUGACAUACAUACACUCUUCGAAAACAUUUCAUAUUAUAUGUAAACUUUGGAAAUACCCCCCACUGGAAGGUGCAAAGAUGGCAAGCUAUGAGCACAAGUAUUUAAUUGAGAAAAAUACACGUGUAGAGAUAGAGGAAUGUUUAAGGGAAUUCUCGUCGAAACUCUUUGCAAACCACUCAAAUUUACAAAUUGUCAGUGCUUCUGGAUUUCGUUCGAAGCAAGGAGAAAUCGAAGAAAACUCCGGACCUUGCAUCGUACUGUAUACUUCUUGUAAAGGAGUUUUGCCUUAUAAAGAAAAAGAAUUCCCAAAGUGUAUUGAUGGGAUAAAAACUGAUGUACGAGAAGGCUUCUUUUAUUUGUUUCCAAGAGAGAAAAGAAACGCUAGCUCAAAAGAUAUCCUCAAUCCGUUGAGGAUGGGUGCAAGCAUAGGAAGAGAAGGUGACAUCAACAGAGAGGGCACUCUAGGAGGAUUUGUAAUCGAAGAAGCAGAGAGUACAUGCUCGGGAGGAGUUCAACCUCUUUAUUUCCUAACCUGUGCACACGUGUUAUUUGAUACUUCGAAGGGUAUCCAGUCAUAUUUUCCAAAAGAAGAAUUCAGUGUUGUACAACCCUGUUGUGGUGUAUUGGCCGAUAAAAGGAAUUACGUUUGUGGUAAACACCUUCAAUCGGUCUUUCCUCCCGAACACCAAGAAGGCGUCACAGUUGAUGCCUCCCUUGUAGGGAUUUCUGCACGAUUUCCAAAGGAAGCCUUGUUUUCGGAUUUGACACCAAUGAGAUUAUAUCAAAUGGGUUAUGGAGAAGAAAAACCAUUGUUGUAUUCUUCUGGAGCUUACCGGGACUACAGACUCAAUAAGGAACACGAUGAACGAAAUAACACUUGUAUAAAGGUCGGCGCCAACACUGGCUUAACAAGAGGCUUGCUAACAGUGAAUGGAAUUACUGCAAAAUAUUUACAUGGAACUAUUAUUGGAGAACCAAACACUCCUCCUGGAGAAGAUUAUUAUGCACAGCUUGAAAUAACGGGACCAGGAAAUAUGGUAUUUUCGCAAGGCGGGGAUUCUGGAGCACUAGUUUUUCAGGUGGAUCCACCAAAGGAAAAAGGGGGAAAUGAUAAUUUAGUCUGCAUCGGUAUGAUUGUCGGUGGAACUUCAUAUCAUUCCACUGUUGCUACACCUAUUUGCGCUGUACUUGAGAAGCUGAAAGUACAGCUCAAGAAAUUUUCUGAAUAG